AUGUUGAGGAGGGGCAGAAUUGAGAUUCAAAGAGGGUUAGCAACAGCAAGAGGAUCGCGGGGCAAAAAAUUGUUUCGUGCCUUUGGAAGGAUCAUGAAGGGGACAGGAGAGAACGGGCUACGGCCACCCCCGCUACUUGCCAUGAUAAAUACCUGGGCCCUCACCCCUCAUCCUCUUUACUGCUCUUCAGUCAAAAACUCAAACACGCAUCCUCCAUCUUCAUCAUCAAACUUAUAUCCUAGAAUUUCUUCCUCUAGAAUUCACUAA